AUGGCUGAAAGCAAGGAAAAUCGUGAAGCAGUCCUCACAUGUCCGAUAUGUGUGGAAACAUUCCGCAAACCAGUAAUGUUACCUUGUCAGCACAGUUUUUGUAGAGAGUGUAUUGGUGUGUAUGCUGACAAAUCUAAACCUGGACAGACAGAUGAGGUCUCCACGGGGAGUGAGGGUGUUCACCAGCUGAUCUCAUGCCCUGUAUGUCGGACACCAACCAGUCUGGGGAGAGAAGGUGUGGCUGGCCUGCCUCACAACUUUCAUCUGGCAGAAAUAGUGGAGAGGUUCUCUUCUGCUGUGAAGUUUGAGGAUGAUACCCCAUGUUGUUCUCUGUGUGAGGAGGAUAAUCAGGCUAAAGCUGUCAAGUUUU